AUGUGGAACAAAUUAUUAAGUAUCUACGAGCAAAAAUCUGAAGCAGAAGAAUCGAGAAUGUCUCAAGGAGGUUCAGAAGUUGAAGCAGAGGAAUCCAAUGCUUUGACUGUCAAAAGAUUUCAAAAGAAAUUUUUUAAGAAGAAUAGUGGUAAUGUUGGUCCUUGUUUUUGGUGCAAGAAACUAGGUCAUCUCAAGAAAGACUGCAAGAAGUAUCAAAAGUACCAGAAGGAUCUGGGUGAGGCGAAAUCAGAUUCGCCAAGUACAAGUUUAACAGGUCAAGCGUUCUAUAGUGAAUCUUUGGUUACUGAUCGCAAAGAGAAUCAAUGGUAUUUGGAUUCAGGAGCUACUGAACACAUGACAAGCAACAGAGAGUGGUUUGUGAACUAUAAAAAAUUCAGAUCGCCAGUGGAAAUAAGAAUUGGCGAUGGUACAAAUUUACAGGCAGAAGUAAAAGCUUUAAGAAGUGAUAAUGGUUUAGAGUUUGUUUCUAAAGAAGUAACAAGUAUUUUGCAGAAAUAUGGCAUUCGACAUGAAAAAACAAUAGCGUACACACCAGAGCAAAAUUCUGGGGCGGAACGUGAAAUGAGAACUAUUGUGGAAGCAGCACGAACAUUACUUCAUUCAAAGAAGAUGGACUUAUCAUUUUGGGCAGAAGCAGUUAAUACAUCAGUGUAUGUACUCAAUCUUACUGGUAAGAGUACUGUUGAAGGUAAAAGUCCAUAUGAGCUUUAUUUUAAUAAAGAACCAGAUAUAAGGCAUUUAAGGGUAUUUGGAACAGAAAUAUAA